AUGUUCUCCCAAGUGUUUGAAGACAUCAACUCUAUGUUUUCCAACUCGAAUUCAUUUUUUGCAUCUCACACAUCCACUGCGUCACCAUUUGAUAACAUGCGUCGUGGUUCUGGCUUCCAACAACAACUGCAACAACAACCGAUGAGGAAAGUUGUGAAGCCAUAUGGAGAACCACUACAAAAUCAACUAAUCAGAGGUGACGAUAUACACCACAAGUGUGAAGUAACGUUACACGAUUUAAUGUAUGGGAAAGUAAUCAAACUAUCACUUCCUAAAGUUACAAAGUGUCUACAUUGUGAUGGAUGUGGAGGAUUAAAUGUCAAGACAUGUAAAACAUGCCUUGGUCUGGGAAGAGUUAUGGUUAUUCAAUAUAAUCAAUUUGCUCAAUAUAAGCAAACUAGUUCUUGUGCAUCUUGCCAAGGUGCUGGUAUUUACAUGAAACCAGAGGAUAGAUGCAUUUACUGCAAUGGAGGUUUUAUGGAGGAAACUAAAAUACUUCAAGUUUACGUUCCACCAGGUGCCAAGUCGGGUGACGUGAUUAUCAUAAGGGGAGAAUCUGAUGAAGGUAGAAACAUUAUUCCAGGGGAUUUGAUUAUCGAACUUCGGCAAACACCUCAUCCUUAUUUGGUACGCAAAAAUAAUGACUUGUUUAUGAAUUAUGAAUUGGAUUUGAAGACUGCAUUAUUAGGAGGAGAAGUAAUGGUGCCCAAUUUCCUACGCAUGGGGCAAUUUCUCAAAAUAUAUAUAAAUUGUCAUGGUCAUCAAUCUAUCAACAGUGAGAAAAUACAAGAGGGAGAAAUUGUGGGUACUAUAAAAACCAAUGAGCCAAAAGUAAUACAUGGAUUGGGAAUGCCAAUAAAUACUGAGUUAUUAUCCAAUAACGGCAAAAUUGUUCAACCUAAUGAUAAACAAGAUCCAAACUUUGUUCAAAACAUGAUGCUCAGUGAUGAAAGUUUCCCUCGUGGUAAUUUGUACAUUAAUUUUCACAUUCAAUUGCCUUCGGCUGACGAAUUUUCUGAGCAAAGCCUUAUUGAUUUACAAAAUAUAUUACCUAAUAGAUCCACUUAUAUUCCUUCUCCAUCUGAUUCAGUUGUUGAAGGUCAUUUAUCAAAUGUUUCUCCAGCUACAAAAAAGAGAAAAAUAAUGGAUUAA